AUGGUCCUGGGGGGAAAGAAUGAAAACAAAGUGAACGUGAUUAAAGGGGCUGGAAGUAUAGGCAAGUAUAUUAUGAAGGAAAAUGGUAGUAAAAUAAAAGAAGUGGGGGAAUGGAAUAACAGUAGUGAAAAUGAAAAUAGUGAUAAUAAUAAUAAUGAUAGAGAAGAUAAUAUAAAGGAAAAGGUAGAUAAUAAUAAUAAGAAUGAUGAUAAUAAUAAUAAUGAUAGAGAAGAUAAUAUAAAGGAAAAGGUAGAUAAUAAUAAUAAUAAUGAUGAUAAUAAUAAUGAUAAUAAUAAUAAUAAUAAGAGUGAUAAUAAUAAUAAUAAGAGUGAUAAUAAUAAUAAUAAGAGUGAUAAUUAUAAUAAUAAAAUUGGCGAUGUUAGCAAUAUUCCAAGCACGAAUACAAGCACCGUGAGCAACAAAAUUCAAGGGAAAGGAUCUGUUAGUUAUAAGAGCAAAGAAAAAACAGGUGACCAUUCUAGUAAUAAUAAGAAUACAAAAGGUAAUAAUAAUAAAGUAAGAACAUCGGGAAAAGUUAUAAAUUCAUUAUCAAAAUAUAGCGAUUCAUAUGCUUUAAUUUUUCCAAACGCUUUACCUGUUAAACAGGUAUUAUGGGGUUUAGAUCCCUUAAAUAAGGUUUGGAGGUAUUGUUCGAUUGUUUAUGCUCGACCAAAGAAUAAGGUAUUAAACGACACGAAUUUCAUGUUUCCAUUAAAUAUGAAUAAAAAUGAAAUAAUAAAUAAAGUGAAUAAUGAGUUGAAUAAUAAUAACAGUGUGUCGAUGAGUGAAGGUGAUUAUGAUUAUUAUGUUCACUGGGAAAAGUUCGAUAGAAGAUUAGAUUGUUGGUUAGCUUAUGAAAAUUUAAGAUUAUUAGAUAAAGAACCAGAUGAUGGUUUACCACUUAUUAAAGAUAAUGAUAAUGUAUCGGAUCAUGAACAUGCAGGUAUUGAUAAAGAAUAUUUAAGAGAACAUGAAGAAAAUACAAAAUUAAAAACAAUUAAUCAAAUAAGGUUUGGAAAAUAUUUAAUAGAUACAUGGUAUUUUUCACCAUAUCCUAAAGAAUAUCAGAAUAUAGAUAUAUUAUAUAUAUGUGAAUUUUGUUUAUCUUUUUUUAAAGAAUAUAGUGAAUUAAAAAGGCAUAUAGAAAAAUGUGAAAUUAGACAUCCACCUGGAAAUGAAAUAUAUAGAGAGGAAAAAAUAUCAAUUUUUGAAAUCGAUGGUAGCUAUUUUAGAAUAUAUUGUGAAAAUUUAUGUUUCUUAUCGAAAUUGUUUUUAGAUCAUAAAACAUUAAAACAUAGAGUAAACUUAUUUUUAUUUUAUGUUAUUACAGAAUAUGAUGAAUAUGGUUAUCAUAUAACUGGAUAUUUUUCAAAAGAAAAAUAUUCCAAAAAUAAUGUAUCAUGUAUUCUAACAUUACCACAACAUCAAAAAAAAGGAUAUGGUAAAUUUCUUAUUAAUUUUAGUUAUUUCUUAUCACAAACUGAAAAAAGAACAGGAACUCCUGAACGACCUUUAUCCGAUUUAGGGGUAGCAUCUUAUAUGGCAUAUUGGUAUGAAACUAUUUUAAAAGUUCUAAUAAAUUAUGAACAAUUAUCUAUACAAGAAUUAUCAGAAAUUACAAGUAUAGAAACUAAUGAUAUAAUCUCUUGUUUAGAGGAAAAAGAUAUUUUUAAAAAUUCACUUAAUGGAUUAGACUCAUUUUAUUAUAUAAACCCAAAACAAUUGGAAUUUAUACUCAACAAACUCAAGCAAACAAAUAAUACACAGCUCUCUAAAAAUAAAUUACAUUGGGUCUCCUAUGAUUAUUAUUUGGCCUUAUAUGAAUAA